AAGGGGAGGGAAAUAGCGAGAGUCCUCGGAGAUAAGCAGGAAAAAAGAAAAUAAUGGCUGAUAAGAGACGCUCAGAGUUUGGCGCAGGGAGCACAAGCAGUUGUACAGCAGCGCACAGAGAGCGACAAGGACAGGCCUACUGCAUCUUCGAGUGUGCAAGGGGGGGCGAUAGUCCGACGGUCAGGCGGAGGGAGAGAGCAGAAUGGAGAGGGCGAGGGGGGACGGAGGAGGGGAGAGGAGCGGAGACAGCGAGAUCUUAUAAGACAGCCAUGGGAAGGAGCAACGGCGAAUGGAGGAAAGGAAGCGAUGAAAGUCUUGGGAGAGCGGAAAGAAGCAGCCGCCCAGAAAAGAAGGACAAGAAGCCAAAGCAGGGCGACAUGCAGCGGAACAGAAGAAAAGAAGAGAUGGAGAGAUGGAGAGAGACCGACGAGGCGCUUUUGCGUGCUCUGCUGCCAAGACGCCCAGGUGCCGAGCCCUUGGCAUCUAUUGUCGUCGUCGCAUUGGGGAUGGGUGAUGAUAGAUGACGUCCAGUAUGUACCAAGCCAGUGGAUAACGCGAUGUUGGGCUAUUGCAAUAGAGGGGGUGUUUCCCAGCAGCCGCGCAUGAUGGAGAUAUUGCCUCCAGGUGCUCUCCCAGAAGCAGAGCAGUAAGGCUGAAUCCA